AUGCGGCACCUUUUUCUCAUGGAUCUUUAUCACUCAACAAUUGGGAUGGAAGAAGGGUAAACUUCAAUAUUACCUUUAGGAGAUAUCUCACCUUUUUUUUAUUGGGCUUUGGCGAUUAAAAGAUUAACUCUGGUUGGAAUAUAUAGAAGUGAAUUCAUUUAUUUCAUAUUUGGUUUUUUAAAUGGAAUCUACUCAAGUAAACUGGAUGUGAAGGAUAAAAAGAAGUAUUAUUAAAAAUUUAAAACUGCUUUUUAAGUGAUAUUGGCAUUAGGGUUAAUAAUUUUCAACUUCCUAACAAAUACAAUUGAUUAUCAAAUAGUUUUAAUUGUCAUUAAUAUAGGUCUUCUCGUUCUCUUAGGCAUAUAUGAUAAUAUUGAAAUUAACCCUAGAGGUUCAAAAUAAGAUGGUUAUUCUACUGAUUAAAGGAAUACCUAAAUAGAGUUGAAAAAGUGUCAAACAAUAGUAUAAUAAAAUCAAUCAACUAAAUCAAUAUGGGAAUAAUUUAACAAUUUAACUGAUGACUGGAUUUGUAAAGUUGACAUCACUAAAACUGUUUUAAAUCGCAGUUGGGAAAGCAAAGAGCAAAGCUGUGUCUUGAAAAAAUUCUUAAAAGACAACAAAAUAAAUUUGCAAUAAUUUUUCAAUCAUCUUCUUAUUGUGAAUUCGUAAUCAAAUACAUCUCAAUCAUUUGUUACUCAAUUUGAAUUAGAUGAAAGUAACACCUUUUUAGCAUGGAUAGAAAAGAAUUAUUUAUAAGACAAUGUUAAUCAAAAAUAAAACAUUGAAAAACAGAAAUAAUAUUUAGAUGGAUAGGAUUGUAAUUAAAAUUAGGAAGAAUAACCCUCAAUAAUAUCUCCUUAGAAUGACAGGAAGUAUAUAUUUUAGAAGGAUAGAUCUCAGGAUAUAUCUGGAUUAUUAGCUAUUCCAAUUAACAUGGAUUAACCAGGGCCUACUAAUAAAUAGUAUUUGCAAUGUUAAUUAACUCUGAAUUAAAUUAUAUAUAAUUUAAGUUUAUCGGUUUUAUUAGUUGAUGAUGAUCGAAGUAAUCAAUAGAAAUAGUCAAUUAUUAUUCAAAUCAAAAAUAUUAAUAUUUUAAUCAAGAAUGAAUUGUUAGAAUAAAAAAGUGCUAUCAUUUAUAGAUUUGUGGGUAAAAUGGCAAAUCUUUCAAGCCAAAUCUUAAAGCGUGUUUAUCAAUUAAAAUAGUCCCUGUAACUACAUAUAAAAGAAUUUGAAAAGAUCAAGCAAAGUAGUUAUAAUUCUUUAUCAUUUUGUGAUGAUAAUGCAUUUAUUAAAUCUGACAAAGUAAUUGGAGACUUUAAACAAACACUUUUGAAUAUUCGAACCCAAUCUCCAGGAUAAAAUGCGUACAUCAAAGUCACCUCAUCCAAUAGUCAUAAUCAUGAGAAUUAAGAUGAGAACUUGUAAAAAUUAUCAAUUCUUUAUUUAUAAUAAUUAAAGGAUUUGCUUAAUUCUGUAGAAUCAUUAAGUUUCGACUUAUUGAUUACAGAACAAAACAAUUUCAACUUCUAUGAGUUAUUUAGUACUCCUUAAUUAAAAAUUGAACAAUUUAACCUAAUAUAAACAUUUAAUAUCGUGAUAGAUAUAUUUAAAUACCACAUUUUCCUAAAACAGCAUAACAUCAUUAUUACUUAAGAAUUGGAUAAUGAAUCGCAAUUAAUAAUCUAAUCAGAUAAAAGGAAAUUGAAAUAAAUCUUGAUCAAUAUAAUUAACAAUUCCAUAUAGAAUUUCAAUACUAAUUUAAAUUUAGCCUAAUAAGAAAAAUGUGAAAAUUUAUAAAUUCAUCAGCAUUCAACGAUUUACCAAUAGGAAAUAAAACAUCAGAAUGCUAUCAUUAUAAAAGCACAAAGUGAUGCUGACAAGAUUACAAUAGAAAUCUCUGAUAAUGGAGGUGGAAUCAAUGAAGAAUAGUUAAAGAAUAGAUUAAAUGAAGGUAAAUUUGGAUUAGCUGCUUGUCACAAAUAAUUAAAAUAUCUGGGAUAUGAUUCUAGAGUACCUUUUGAAAUCAUUAACUAUGUAAAAAGUACGACUGGGAUUAAAGGAAGUGUUAUUAAGUUUGUACUACCUAAAUCUAGAGAUAAUUUUUAAUUAAACGAAGAUAGCAAAUAUUCAGAAUCCUUGAGAGUUAGCAGAAGAAUAGAGAAAAAUUGA